CCCCAGGGGAGGAGAAAAGAGGGUUCAUUUUCAAGAAUAAUAUAACAGCAUUAGGAGAAAACAUGAUGCAGUGAAGGUGAUAGCUGUUGGGGUGACGUGCUGAAGCUUUGCAGUCAUGUUUACUUUGGCUCUGUGCAGACCUGGUGCUACCUGCAGGCUGCGUCACGGCUGGGACAGGUGCCAAGCCUGCAGUUGUAGAGGAUUCAGCACAACGGCAGGGCAAGGCCAGCAGGUCGGCCUGCAGGAGAAGCAAGUGGGAGCAGACCUGGAAAUGCCUGUUGCAAGAAGAGAAGCUGAGACCCUCUUCCAAGAGCGGCCUGAGCCCGGGAACCAGUAUUUGGAGGAUGCUUUGCUUCGGAGUUACCUGGAGGCACACCUUCCUCCCAAGGUACUGGAGGAGGUGAGCCAGGAGCUGGAGGGGUUUGGAAACCGUCUGCUAACCAAGAUCGGACCUCUGGGAUGGGAAUGUGAGUUGAAUCCCCCUGUAUUUUGGCAGUACGACGCCUGGGGGCAGCGGGUGGAUCACAUUGUCACCUGCUCAGCCUGGAAGAGGAUGAAGGAGAUUGCAGCAGAGGAGGGGCUGAUUGCUGAGGCCUAUGAGAGAAGAUACUCCAACUGGAGCCGUGUGCACCAAGCUGUCAAACUGUACUUGUUUUCAACCGCCUCUGGGGGUUUCAACUGUCCGCUGGCCAUGACUGAUGGAGCAGCCAAAGUCAUUGAGUCCCUGGGUGUUCCUGCAUCUCUGAGAAAUGCUUUUGACCGUCUGACAUCUCGUGACCCCAGGAAGUUCUGGACCUCUGGCCAGUGGAUGACUGAGCGCCGGGGGGGCUCUGAUGUUGCUAAUGGCACAGAGACGGUGGCCAGAAAGCAGCCAGAUGGCACAUAUCAUCUCUAUGGUUUUAAAUGGUUUACAUCAGCUGCUGAUUCUGAUAUGGCACUGACCCUGGCCAGGAUAGAGGAUGCUGAAGGACGUGUGAAACAGGGCUCCGGCGGGCUGUCCCUGUUCUUCCUGAGGGUUCGAGAUGAGGAGGAAAAGCUGAAUGGUAUCCAAGUGCAAAGACUGAAAGCGAAGUUGGGCACACGGCAGAUGGCGACAGCAGAGCUGUGGCUAAAUGGAGCUAAAGCAGAGCUGAUCUCUGCAGAAGGUCGUGGAGUGGCCUCCAUCUCCAACAUGCUGAACAUAACUCGGAUCCACAACGUCAUCGGUGCAGUAGCUUCCAUGAGAAGGAUGAUCAGUCUGAGCAGGCAGUAUGCCCUAAAACGGGUUGCCUUCGGGAAGCUCCUCAAAGAUCAUCCCCUGCACGUGCAGACGAUCGCCCGGAUGGAGGUGCAGACACGAGGGGCUUUUCUUCUCCUUAUGGAGAUGGCUCGGCUGCUUGGACUUGCAGAAACCAACAUGGCAAGCGAGCAGGACCAGCUCCUCUUGAGACUGCUUGUUCCAGUUGCCAAACUGUACACGGGGAAGCAGGCUUCUGCCGUUGCUAUUGAGGCAAUGGAGUCUUUUGGAGGACAAGGUUACAUGGAGGAUACAGGCUUACCAGUCAUAGUUCGUGAUACUCUGGUGCUGUCCAUAUGGGAAGGAACAACAAAUGUCCUAUCGCUCGACGUCCUGAGGUCCCUCACCAAGAGCCGGGGGCAGGCGAUGGCCGUGUUCUUCUCCACAGUGCAGAACAAACUGGAGUCGGCUUGGAGCAGCGCGGAGCUGCAGGCCGCAGCGCAGUCUGUGCAGGAUGCCGCCGGCCGCCUCGCACGGUUCUGCCGAGGAGCUGCUUCCGAAGGGGCAGCGCCCAUGGAGCUAGCAGCAAGAGACUUCUCCUACUCCCUAGCAAGGAUCUAUGCAGGAGCUCUGCUAAUUGAGCACGCGGCUCGGCCUGGCUCCUCCCUCCUUGAUGUCUGUGCCGCUCAGAGGUGGUGCAGGCAGGAACUCUGCCCCGCGGCUGCAGAGCUGGAGAACGGCAGCUACAGCGCCGAGGAGUCGACCCUGGACGGCGCCCUGGUGUACGACGGCAGCCCCGCGGGCAGCAGGCUGUGACUCAGACAGAGCUGCUCUCCAGUGCUGUCUGUGCUCCAACGGCGUUUUCUUGGUGGUGCCUCCACAGGAGCUGCAGCCCUGGCUCACACUGCCCGGAUGAAACAAAGUCUUUCUGACCAGAAGUUGCUCACCUCCUCCCUGCCCGCGCUGCCAUCACAAAACCAUCAGUGCUCACUGGUUGGUUAAGUCGUGCUUUUGGUUCUUUCUUUCUCCCUUGCCCCAGAGCAGCUCUGCUGGGCUUAAAGGUGACCCAAAGCAGAGGCUUUGCUGCACUGCUCCUGGCUGGACACCCCAUCCCUGCUCACUGAGCUCCACGGGCAGCAGAGGUGGGCAACAAAAGCAGUCACUACGGCACAUCAAAGGCAGCGCUGCUGCCCAGUGCUGCUCCAUAACAGCCCUGCGAGGGGGUAAAUCGCAUCAACCCCAUCACUCAGAUCCCAUCAAGGCCGGACACGUCAGUACCAGAAUGAAAGAAAAAUCAUUUCUGACCUCCAGCAAGCUUAUUCAUUUCCUUCGUGUGUCACAGCGGUGCUGCAAGUGAUGCUGACAUCACUUCUGACGCACGCUGGAGAUCGGAAUCCCGCGCUGCUCCACCAAAGCAAACACUGCCUCACCUGUGCGCCGUGCCCAGCAACCACCAGGGAGCAGCUCUGCGGGCGCUGCUCUGAGGCGGCACAGCACAGGGCUCCCAGCUGCACAGCACCACGGAGGAGUGACUCAAGCACAAGAGGAGCUCCCUAAAAUCUUGUAAUUGAAACCCGCUGCUCCUCUGCGCGUCUGUAACAGUUGCUGCAUUUUCUUCCUGAAGCUGCAAAUGCCACCGCUGGCCCUGAGGUCGCCCAGCAUGCAGGUGUGAGAGAGCACAGCCAUGACCCUGCAGGGGGAGGAGUGGAAAAUCCGCUCUUCCAAAGGCGAGAGGGGCAGCAGGCACUGAAGGAGGGGCUGAGUUAUGGGGAGAAAGGCGAGACCCAAGGGAGGCUGCCCUGCCCAGCCCUGCUGCGUCCUGCCCUGCUGCUGGGAGGCAGGAAGGAAAGGCAAAGAACUGGGCCGUGUGUCAGCGAAUGCUCCCAUGCAAAAACGCUAAACUUUAUUCACUUUUAUUUAUAUAUUUAACAAUUCUAAAGUAUUUACUUCUCGCUUUGACAAAAAUGAAAAAUAUAGGAGCACUUUACUCUCUGCAGGAGAGACAGGUUAUAUGUACAGCUAUGGAGAGAUACUGCUUCCUCCUUUACAUACAAAGAAAAAAUAAUAUUAAUAAAAAAGUGCUUCGUCGAUCAAAAAAAGA